GGUGCUGCCCUCACAGGUCCACUCAGGGAGGCAUCCUUCUCGGGCUAAACUCCGCUUCCUACAUUCGGAGACUGGACUUCCCUACGUGUGCGUGUGCGUUGUGUUCCUGUAACCUCCAACCCGUGCGGUUCCUCAAACUGCUAUGUGGCCGUGUGCACGAGGGACCUCGGUAUUCAUUACACCCCAGGGCGUCGCUCCCGCGCUCUCCUGCGGCCCCGCGGCAUGUGAUCGGUCGUGGAACCAAGAAUACCAUAUGUAGUCACGUCCAAUGCGUUCGCCGUGGACUCAUCGCGAGACCGAGGAAUAAAAAAAAAUGACUGGUGUCAGCGUUUCUGCAGCAUGUGUUGGCUCCCUCCUUUCCCUCACGCCUGCAGGAACACUCCUGUCCCAGCUCAUGUUGUUGCUGCUCGACUCUUCCCAGACUUUCUCCAGUAAUUAAUUUGAGGUUCCUAUUCCUGUAAAUAUCGGUUUUCCAAAACAUACUGUGCAUUACUUGAACCUUUGACCCACUUUGCAGCUGGCAUGUUCUCGACCGACGACAACGCGGCGCCGCCGGCGACCCGUCCCUACAGCGACGACGAGGAUGCGCUGAACGAGGCGGAGGUGAACGGCAACUGGACGCCCCAGGAGAAGGCGCUCCACGAGGCGCGGCUCAAGGCCAAAGCCAAGCGCCGCCUGCGCAAGUCCUCGUCGCGCAACUCCACCAGCGAGUCCUUCUCCGAGUCGGGGGAACCGGCGGCAGGGGACCCGCACAGCCCCAAGGGCAAAGUCGCCACCAACGACCGCAAGUCCAGGACGGGCAAGGGUCGAGGCCUGCCCAAAAAAGGAGGAGCCGGAGGUAAAGGAGUCUGGGGGGCUGCUGGGAUGGUUUAUGAAAUCGAGGAGCCUGAUGCCAGAGACCCCAACUAUGAUGAAUCUGCCCAGGGAGACACGGUGUAUGAAACGGUUGUGCCAGAGGUGGAUGAGAGGGAGCUGGAAAAAAUGGUCAACCCCAUCGUACAGGAGUACUUUGAACACGGAGACACGAAAGAAGUGGAGAUGCUGCUGAAGGAGCUUAACCUGGGCUUGCACAAAUUCGAGUUCUCCUCCCAGGCUCUGUCCCUGUCCCUGGAAGGCAAGGCCAGCCACCGAGAGCUGACCUCCCGCCUGCUCUCCGAUCUGACCGGCAAGCUGCUGUCACAAAGCGACAUGGCCCGCGCCUUCGACAAGAUGCUCAAAGAGCUGCCAGACCUCAUACUGGACACACCCGAGGCCCCUCAGAUGUUGGGCCAGUUCAUAGCGAGAGCCAUUGCAGAUCACGUCCUCCCCAUGUCCUUCUUGGACUGUUACAAGGGCAAAGUGGACUGUGAUCACGCCAGAGUGGCAUUAGACCGUGCUGCAGUUCUCCUAACUAUGAAGAGGGAGAUGGUCCGUCUAGAUAAUGUCUGGGGUGUGGGUGGAGGCCUGAGACCUGUCAAACAUCUCGUCAGAGAGAUGAACCUUUUGCUUAAGGAGUACCUGGUGUCAGGAGACGUGUUGGAGGCUGAGCGCUGUCUGCGGGACCUUGAAGUCCCCCACUUCCACCAUGAGCUGGUCUACGAGGCCGUUGUGAUGGUGCUGGAAUCAAAGGGAGACACUGCCAGUCAUGUGAUGAUAAAGCUGCUGCAGUCCUUCUGGAAAACAGGCCUCAUCACUGUGGAUCAGAUGAACAGGGGGUUCCAGCGCGUUUAUGACGAGCUGCCUGAAAUCAGCCUUGACGUGCCACACGCCCACUCCAUCAUGGAGAGCUUUGUGGAUCUCUGCUACCAGGAGUCCGUCAUCACCAAACAGCUGAGGGAUGCCUGUCCCUCCAGAGGACGAAAGCGUUUUGUAAGCGAAGGAGAUGGAGGACUGAUCAAGAACUAGAAGAGGAGCUGAAGGAGGGGAGGGGGGCGUCUACGGCCGCGCCGCCGGUUUAAAGUCCCUUGUUCCUCUCCUGAUAAUGUUGUCGUAACACAAACCAGCAUUGACGUUCAGUGAAAGUAGAAGGAAGAGUGGCCUGGGUGUUCAGUUCUCUUCACCUUGUUGAUCACUGUUUGUGAUGGUUUUUUUUCUUUUUUGUAAGAAUAUUUUUUUUAUUUUGGAGGUUCUGCCCCUCUUGCCUCAGUCUUUGUACCCAUUUGUCAAAAAGCGGACAGGUUGGGUUUGACGAAGACGAGUCUGUUCAGUUUUGCUCUUGCUUUGUCUUAGCUGUUGCCACACCUCUGUUUUACAUGUGCUACUUAAAAAAACAAAAAAACAGAACCUAAAAGUCAGAUCAUAUUGUUUGUGACCACUUGACAGUGUAGCUUGACCAAGGAUCUUACAUGUAUUGUCCCACAAAUGAAUUGAAUUUAUUUUGAUUACUUGGUUCAAGUGGUUCUAUUUAUCAUUUAUACAUUUUUUUGUUUUUUUUCCUCCAUUUGCAUUUACUUUGAAAAAACAAAGAAGUUUAAGCAAGAGGCAAAAAGACUUGUAAAGAAUAAACUGGAGUUAUUAUAUUUAAUAAUAACAAUUAAACGAGCAAUAUUUUGAGCACUCUGAUUUUGCUUGCACUUAAUGAAUCUACAGCCACGGCUAGCAGUGGGUUAUCUAAAAAUUACAAAACCAAACCUACUGCAGGGGCAGGAAAAAAAUUAUCCAGAAAGGUCCUAAAGCUUCAAAUCUGGCAACCUCAGUUUUUCUUGAAAAGCAUCUUCUUAAAACACAUUCAGAUGUUUCUGUCAUUAUCUAACAGAUUUAAACGUUGACCUAAGUUAAUAAUGUGGAUAAGAAGUAUUUUUCAUUAUUAAGAGGCAACAGUACUUGUGAAAUAGUAAACUUGUUUUACUUAGGGACUUCGGUCGGAGCAGGUGUUCACAUGUCACACGUGUCAACGAAAAGCGGCUUAAGGCCAAGUUAUGGUACGUGCAGUUGGACGCCUGUGUCCUGGUCACAGCUUUUUGCCUACUGUGUAAAUAACGGAUAGAGGGAAAUUUGUGAAAUGGUUGACAUUCAAACAAGUGUAACUCAGUACACGGUCAUUCAUGCAUGCAGCUAUCCACCAUCAAAUACAGACUAUAUUGAUGUUUUGCAUUCAGUCAUAUUUGUACUAUUGAUUUAUUUUGGAUCAGCAAACUGUUCACAACACACUGCCCCACAGAAUAGGUUCAUUUUAUAUAUUUCAAUAAAAUGACAUUUCCCUCUAAAA